GGCGGCAGUUGCCUGGGCGGGGCCGGUAGCGGCGGGAGCUGCGCUGGCCAGGGGUUCCGGCUGUAUUUCUAUGAGCGCAGCCGGCAGCUGCGGAGCUGCGGGAACCGGACUCCGGGCGGGCUGGACCGCUGGAGUCAAUGAGAGAAGCUUUUAGGUUAAUUUGAAUACAAGAUCAGAUCUGAUUGGCCCACCUGGACACCUGUUCAAGGCAAGCCCGUAUUCUCCGUGAGAGGAAUAAGCGACGUAGAUCAAGAUGAAUGCCAUGCUAGAGACCCCCGAGCUCCCCGCCGUGUUUGACGGGGUGAAGCUGGCUGCCGUAGCUGCCGUCCUCUAUGUCAUCGUGCGGUGUUUGAACCUGAAGAGCCCUACUGCUCCUCCUGACCUCUACUUCCAGGACUCCGGGCUCUCACGUUUCCUGCUCAAAUCCUGUCCUCUUCUGACCAAAGAAUACAUUCCACCACUGAUCUGGGGAAAAAGCGGACAUAUCCAGACAGCCUUGUAUGGGAAGAUGGGGAGGGUGAGGUCGCCACACCCUUACGGGCACCGCAAGUUCAUCACCAUGUCGGAUGGUGCCACUUCUACCUUUGACCUCUUCGAGCCUCUGGCUGAGCACUGUGUUGGAGAUGACAUCACCAUGGUCAUCUGUCCUGGAAUUGCCAACCACAGCGAGAAGCAGUAUAUCCGAACCUUCGUUGACUAUGCCCAGAAAAAUGGCUACCGGUGCGCAGUGCUAAACCACCUGGGAGCCCUCCCCAACAUUGAACUGACCUCCCCACGAAUGUUCACCUAUGGCUGCACGUGGGAAUUUGGAGCCAUGGUGAACUACAUCAAGAGGACAUAUCCCCAGACCCAGCUGGUCGUCGUGGGCUUCAGCCUGGGUGGUAACAUCGUGUGCAAAUACUUGGGGGAGACGCAGGCAAACCAGGAAAAGGUCCUGUGCUGUGUCAGUGUGUGCCAGGGGUACAGCGCACUGAGGGCCCAGGAGACCUUCAUGCAGUGGGACCAGUGUCGCCGGUUCUACAACUUCCUCAUGGCCGACAACAUGAAGAAGAUCAUCCUUUCUCACAGACAAGCUCUCUUUGGAGACCAUGUUAAGAAACCCCAGAGCCUGGAGGACACAGACUUGAGCCGGCUCUACACAGCCACGUCCCUGAUGCAGAUUGAUGACAAUGUGAUGAGAAAGUUCCACGGCUAUAAUUCCCUGAAGGAAUAUUAUGAGGAAGAGAGCUGCAUGAGAUACCUGCACAGGAUAUAUGUGCCUCUCAUGCUGGUUAAUGCAGCUGACGACCCCUUGGUGCACGAAAGUCUUCUAACCAUUCCAAAGUCUCUCUCAGAGAAACGGGAGAAUGUCAUGUUCGUGCUGCCUCUGCAUGGGGGCCACCUGGGCUUCUUCGAGGGCUCCGUGCUGUUUCCCGAGCCGCUGACGUGGAUGGAUAAGCUGGUAGUGGAGUAUGCCAAUGCCAUUUGCCAAUGGGAAAGGAAUAAGUCCCAGUGCUCAGACACGGAGCAGAUGGAGGCCGAGUUGGAAUGAGGUCUCUGGACUCUGGCGUGCUCCAGCGGCCCUCCUCUGGAACCCACGUCCCUUUGACGGCUGUUUCAGGUCUCCCAGUGACCUGGAUCUGACCUCAUACCAUCAGUGGGGGGUUACCCAUCAUGCAACCUGUCUCAAGUAGGCGACUCUCCCUGGGAGCGCCAGGCUAUUUUUGUGCUUAGUUACGGGUUUUCUCCAUUGCAUCGUUAGCCAUGGUGACAAGCUACAAGAUUCUCACCCUUCUGUCCAGUUUCAGUAUCUGAUUGCUUUCACGCUGGUUAACAUCUAGUUUUCCUAGUAAGGAGCUAGUCUGAACUACAGUUUUGCUUUGCCAAUCAAAGGCCUUUCCCCGAGAACAGUGAAGGAUGUACGUCACUCUGUGAUGGAUGUAUGCGCCGUACUAGAGUCCAGCAUCCCUAGUGCUGAAGAAAUUACUCAGCUUGGGAGUCUGAGAACCUGGGGCUUCCCGGGCCUGAGGUUUGCCUGUGAAGCAAAGGAAAUUCUCUGAAUCAAAA